GGGAGAUUUAGCAGUUCUUUUUCCUGUUCCGGCUCUGGAUUUUUAGAUUUCAGGAUGUUGCAAACUAUAAAAGACCCACACAUUCUUACAUAUAUCCCAUUGCAUGGGACAAUCCACAUCAAGACGUGAAUAUGACAACACAUGGAGCAAACUAUUUCAUUUAGGUUGCAUAAAAUAUCACUAACGGACUGAUUCUCUUAAACAUGGAAAAAUGCUGAUGACUCACGCCUCUGAGAUCAUAUAUCAUCUGAACGGGCAGAUGGACCCAUGAGAAGGAAUUCCCUUGAAUGAGAACAAAUCCUGCUUAUUUUACCAGACUACAUAAAGGAAAUUGCAAUAUUAUCAAAUGUCAUUAGCAGUUUAACUAUAUUGGAAGAUAAUUAUAAUACCAAGUAAGAAAUUCAAGACAUUUGAGUAUUUAUGGAGAAGGAAUCGAAUUGUCAUGAAGAACACAAUCUUACAAAAUCCCACAAGGAAGACUCAGAAAUAUGUAACAUUAUUCAUGUUGAAAACAUUCAAGACAACACCAAGACAAAUAAAACUAUAACAGUAAAUGCGUAUAAAUGCAAUGGUGGCAGAAAUAGUAAGUCCGCUAGAUUGAAUAACUGCUUUAAAAGUCAGAAAUUUUACAUACACCCCAUAGAUAUUGUUAAACAUCAGGAAAUUCUCAAAAAAGAAAUGUUGGUUUCAAUAGAAAGUAGAAACAGUUUAACAGAUGAAUGUGAUCAUUUAGCAGAAGAGAACAUUCAUAUGGGAAAAAGGCAAUUUGUAUGUUUUGAUUGUGGGAAAGGUUUUAGCCAAAAUGCCAGUCUGAUUCGACAUCAGAGAGUGCAUACAGGAGAAAAACCAUUUUUAUGUUCUGAAUGUGGGAAAUGCUUUAGCCGAGCAUCCCUUCUAAUUGAACAUAAAAGAAUUCACACAGGGGAAAAACCAUUUGCUUGUUCUGAUUGUGGAAAGUGUUUUAGCCAGCCAUCCAGUCUUACAGCACAUAAGCGGAUUCACACAGGUGAAAAGCCGUUUGUGUGUUCUGAUUGUGGGAAAAGUUUUACUCAAAAAUCAAGUCUUGUUACACAUCAAAAAAUCCACACGGGCGAAAAACCCUUCAAAUGUUCUGAAUGUGGAAAAUGUUUUACAUUGAAUUCAAAUCUAGUGAAACACCUCAUAACUCACAAAGGAGAAAAAACACUGAUGUGUUCUGAGUGUGGUAAAUGUUUCAGUUGCAACUUAGCGCUACUUACACACCAGAAAAUUCACACAGGGGAGAAACCAUUUGCAUGUUCUGAAUGUGAAAAAAGUUUUAGCCGAGCAUUUCUUCUUGUUAUCCAUAAGAGAACUCACACAGGAGAAAAGCCAUUUGUAUGUUCAGAAUGUGGGAAAUGUUUUACGCAGAGUUCAAAUCUUAUUAUACAUAAAAGGACUCACACAGGAGAAAAGCAAUUUGCGUGUGUAAACUGUGGCAAACGUUUCUCUCAGAAUUCAGACCUCGUGACGCAUCAGAGAAUUCACACAGGAGAAAAACCAUUUGCCUGUUCGGAGUGUGGGAAAUGUUUUACCCAGAACUCAUAUCUUGUUACUCAUAAGAGGAUUCACACAGGAGAAAAACCAUUUGCAUGUUCAGAAUGUGGCAAAUGUUUUAGCAGCUCAUCAAAUCUUAUUACACACCAAAAAAUUCACACGGGUGAAAAACCAUUUGUUUGUUCUAAAUGUGGCAAAUGUUUUAUCAGUCAAUCAAAUCUUGUAUCACAUUACAGAAUUCACACAUAAAAUUAUUAUUUUCAGUUAUUUGUAGAGUGCCAACACUUUCCACAGCGUAAAUAGCUUCUAAGGUUUCCACCGAGAAUAAAUCUUACAGAUUUAUAAGAGUAUGCAGUUAUUGAAUAAUAGGCAUAUACUGAUCCCUUCUCUUGAUUUUCAGUGUAUUCACUUACUGUUCUACUGGUCCCAGUACUCUUCAGUUACUUUCCAGUAGAAAUCCCAAUUCUGACAUUUUAAUUUCAGGUAACUCCAUUACCAAUUGUCAUGUUGUACUGGCACAGGUCAUAUGAGGCGAGAUAGCCCAUAAGGUUACGUUCAAAUGGCAUUUUUAGAUUUAUCUGUAAGUAAAAGGGUGGAAAACAAUGUGUACUGUUUAUUAUCUGAUGUGCUUUCCCACAAAAUUUAACCUGUGUUUGGGCUAUCAUGUUUAGUGCACCAUGGUAUUUGGUAGUGGAAUUCAAUUUUUAUAGCCAGGGCCAACAAUUUCCACUACUUCUAGACUAGUUAGAAAUUAGGCUUUUUUUGUGGUUGCUAUAUUGUAUGAGAUGUAUAAGUAAUUUUCCCCCUGACUUGCAAACAUUAGCAACAACUUUUUACUCCUGCUUAUAGUAAGUAUUAUGUCUCCUGAGAACUAUACACUCAAUCGCAGGACAGAGCUCUUCAUUUACCUAGAUGUUUUGUAGAUCCUCUGAGAUUUAGUUGUUAACAAUGGCAUGUUUGUAAUUUUGUAAUAUAUUCUUCAUUACGUCAGUAAUGGUUUUUAAGGUUUACCUUUAACAAUAUAAAAUGAGCAUAUAUUAAAGUUUAAUUAUGAUUUUCA